UUGGUUCAACGCAGGCGCACAAUAACUCCUCGAAUAUAUAAAAUGAUGCUAGUACUAUCAGUAAUAGUUGAGUGGUAGUGAAGAUAUCACGUUAAAUAUGAUUACCAAAAAAGAUAACUAUACUUCCGCGAAUAAUGACUGCUACGACUACAUGAAGUACGCAAAUCUUACAACCGAACCGAAUCGCUGGAUUUUGGAGCCAUUGGGUGUUUGGCCAUUGAAAAGAGCUAACUUCGAGAUUUCUUGGAAGGACAAUUUUCUCCGUAGAGGAAAAAACGUUUUCUAUUAUUUUCUGAUGUUUUUUGUCUUUGUACCUUGCGUUCCUUAUGCGAUUUUUGAGAUCGAAAGUGUCUACUAUAAGUUGAAGCUUAUCGGUCCAAUGAGUUUCUGUGUGAUGUGCUUUGUCAAGUAUACCAUUUUGAAUAUUCGAGAGAAGGACAUUCGAUGUUGCGUGGAGUCUAUCGAGAUGGAUUGGAAGAGAAUAACGCAUUUCGAGGACGAACGAAUAAUGAUGGAUAAAGUUUAUACCGCACGUCGUCUCGUAUCUCUUUGCCUCAUUUUGACUUACGGUGCUGCUGGUUUUUUUCACAUUGUUUCACCUUUGAUGAGCGGAAAGGUUUUUGCAUCUGCUAUAAACGUAACAUACAUGCCAGCUCCUUUUCCCGUAACUAGCUUGCUCAUGGAUAUUCGUUACAGUCCGGCAAAUGAAAUUUUUAUCUUUAUUCAAUGUCUUUACGGAUUUAUGGCUCAUUCGAUCGAGGCUGGUACUUGCAGUUUGACAGCCGUUUUCACGAUGCACGCUUGCGGACAGCUGCAGGUUUUGAUUAAUUGGCUGGAACACUUGUUGGAUGGUCGAGAAGGCAUGUGUUCAAACUUGGACGAAAGAAUGGCGAGUAUCAUUCAACAACAUGUACGAACCUUGAAAUUUUGUUUUUAUAGUUUCAUAUCGCGCACUGAAAGUUUAUUAAAUGAGGUUUCUCUAAUCGAGGUCUUGGGAUGUACUUUAAAUAUUUGCUUUCUUGGAUAUUAUUGCCUUAUCGAAGGUAACAUGUCCGAAAGAAUAGGUUGCAUAACGUAUGGCAUAAUUCUUUCAUCCAUGACUUUCAAUAUUUUCAUUCUUUGUUACAUAGGGGAGCUACUUAUAGAACAGUGUAAAAUAUUAGGAGAGCGAACGUAUGCUAUCGAUUGGUAUCGUUUAACAGGAAAGAAAAGUCAACCUCUUAUUCUCCUAAUCGCCAUGACGAGAACAACAACGAAAUUAACUGCUGGAAAUUUCAUGGAACUUUCUUUGAGUAGUUUCAGCGAUGUGGAGGAUACUUACGAUAAAUUACGACUGACUGGACCAUUGAGCUUUUGUCUGAUGGCACUCAUAAAAUAUUGUGCUUUAACUGUACGAGAAAACGAUAUUCGUCGGUGCUUCGAUUACAUCGAGUGGGAUUGGAAGAAAGUUAGACAUAUCAAAGAUCUCCAAAUAAUGAAGGCUAACGCAAAUUUUGGUCGUCGUAUCGUCAUCGUUUGUGCAACAUUCAUGUACAGCAGUGCUGCUUUUUAUUACAUAGCUGUACCUUUCGCAAGAGGAAUGAUAACCGAGGAGGAUAGCAAUCUCACGUACAGACCUCUCGUUUAUCCGGUUGCGAAGAUCAUCGUUGACGCUCGUCGUAGCCCGAUCAACGAGAUCUUCUUUGGUAUUCAGUGUGUUUCAGGAUUCCUUGCCCAUUCUAUUACGGCCGCUGCUUGCGGACUUGCCGCUACUUUUGCUAUGCACGCUUGUGGACAAUUGCAAAUGAUUAUUUCUUAUUUGGAAAACCUGGUCGAUGGUCAUGAAAAUUCUUGCGACACCGUCCAAGAGAGAUUUACGGAUAUCGUUCAACGUCAUGUCCGUGCAUUGAAUUUCAUAUCGCUCACAGAGGAAGUGUUGAAUGAAAUAUCCCUCGUCGAAGUUGUUGGAUGUACCUUGAAUAUAUGCCUUCUUGGAUAUUACUGUAUCACGGGCUGGCAAUAUAAUGAAACCAUGGGUCGUCUAACUUACAUCAUAUUAUUCAUAUCAGUUACAUUUAAUAUUUUUAUAUUCUGUUACAUAGGUGAAAUUCUUGCCGACCAGUGCCAAAAAGUGGGAGAAAGAUCCUACAUGAUUGACUGGUAUCGUCUACCAUGGAAAAAUGUUCGUGGCCUUGUUCUAAUCCUUGCAAUGUCCAAUACGUCGAACAACCUAACAGCAGGAUAUUUGAUAGAAUUAUCUCUAGCUAGUUUCGGCGAUGUUAUCAAAUCAUCGCUCGCAUACUUGAAUAUGUUGAGAACACUGACCGAAGAGGGUGAAAUUGACGGAGCACAGAUGUUAUCAGUAGCUUGCGUGGUUUCGUACGACGAUCAUGGUAUUCGGCUGAUACGUUGGUUAUUGACGUCGAUGGGUGCUUGGCAAUCAUCUACGACAAAGACUUCAAUUGAAAAAUUACGUUCUAUAGUUUUGAUCAUUCUUUCUUUUUCUUUAAUAUGUUUUACUUUUGUACCGUGUACUUUGUACGCUUUCCUCGAGGAAAGAAACUUGCAAGCGAGAAUGGAGGCGCUCGGUCAAGUGAGUUAUUGGCUCAUGGGUGCCAUCAAGUACAGUUACAUCUUGUUUCAUCGAGGAAACGUGCGUCGGUGUUUUGAUCACAUCGAAAGAGAUUGGCGUAUGGUUAAAAGAUCGAAAGAUCGUGACAUCAUGUUGGCUCAUGCCAAUAGUGCUCGUUAUUUUAUCCUCGUUUGUACGGGUUUUACUAUUGGCGGCGUUUUGAUUUAUAAUCUGGUCAAAGGAAUGACACUUGUUCCUGUUUCCAUAGAAAAUCAUACGGUCUACUUGCAUCCGUUACCUUGUCCUUGCUAUAGCAAAGUAGCGGAUACGAGAUAUAAUCCGGCUUACGAUAUCUCUCGCUGCGGUCUUUAUUAUGCACGCCUGUGGUCAACUGACGAUGACGAUGGCAUGGAUGAAAGAUUCCUUCUCAAUUCCUUCGAUCGAAUCUACGAAUUAUCAACUUUCAGACAUUGUUGGACUCCACGUGCGCGUUUUGAGGAGUGGGAGAACAACGAUACAAAAAUUACCAUAGGAUACUUUCUUGUAUUUAUCUCCAUGAUGUUCAAUAUUUUCGUAUUUUGUUUUCUUAGCGAGAAACUCUCACAUCAGUGCAUGCAAGUAGGUGACGUCGCUUACGCGUGCGAUUGGCAACUUCUUCCUGAUUGCACAGCUCGCGGAUUUAUAUUAAUAAUACUUAGAUCCAAUUCUGUGGUACGAUUAACUGCCGGAAAAUUCAUGCAAAUCUCUAUUAUCACUUUUGGCGAUGUAAUAAAAACAUCUGCGGUAUACUUCAAUAUGCUACAAAAAAUAACAUAGAGUAUUUCACGUAGUGAAAAUUACAAUGAGAUAUUUAUAAAAAAAAGAAAAAGAUAUAGAAACUUCUAUUGGGCAAAUAAAUUAGAUUCCUACGUAAUGAAAAUUUUUUAUGAAUUAUAAAUGAGAGUUCCAACGAAAUUUUUAGUACUUGAGCAAUUUCUAAUAAAAAAAAAAAAAAGUAUUCGUAUGCGUAUUAUGAAACUUUCUAGUAACUUUAAUCCUUAAUAGUUAAAUAUUUUGUUACAUUAGUCAAAAAUCAAAAGAGCACAUAAGUAAUAAAAUUGUACUCACACACAUUAUCUCGGAUAUAGUCGAUUUAGAUGAUAAUAAAAUGGUGAUACGUAAAUUCCGUUAGCACUAUUUUUUAGAUCAUUGUCAUAGUAAAGAUUACAUUUUGUAACGAAUAUAAAAAUGACCAAAAAGGUUAAAAUUUAUACAAAACAAAAUCCCUUUGAAUUCUCUAAAAAUAACGACAAG